CCACUCCCGGGAAGCGCGCUGCUGUUCCGCCACACAGACGGACGGACCGACGGACGGAGUGUGCUCGCUCUCCGUGCGCCUCGGCUGCUGUGCGCUCCUGCCGUCGCGGUCUCUUGUCUUUCUCGCUCCAUUUCUGUGCGCGUGCGCGUGUGUCACCCCCAGUCCUCUCCUGUCCGGUCCAGCUUGGGUGUCGAGGUGGAGGUAUGUAGCACCGGAUUGACCGCGCCGAGCAGCAUGUAGCACCUGGAGCACCGCGCACAUCGUCUCCCCUCCUGCGCUGCUCCCUCCGUCUUCUCUCCCUCCUGGAGCGGUCAUUUCUCUUCUCGGGAAAGCAUCACCUGCGCGUGGAUUUUCGGGGAUUUUUUUGGGGGUGGGUGGGGGGAUUUAUUUAUUUUAGAGGAGUGUUUGUGUGUGUUCAUCGCCGCCGCUCUGCACCUCUCGGUCGAUGGUCGUUGAGGAAGCUUCCAUCUUGAGUCCCGUAUCUACCGAGAGAACCAUGGCGAGCGACUCCCCUGCGCGGAGUCUGGACGAGAUAGACCUGUCUGCACUACGGGACCCAGCUGGAAUCUUUGAGCUGGUAGAACUGGUUGGAAAUGGUACCUACGGGCAGGUCUACAAGGGUCGCCAUGUCAAAACAGGCCAGCUUGCUGCCAUCAAGGUCAUGGACGUCACAGGAGAUGAGGAGGAGGAGAUUAAAGCAGAGAUCAAUAUGUUAAAAAAGUAUAGCCACCACAGAAACAUUGCCACCUACUAUGGAGCCUUCAUCAAGAAGAACCCUCCAGGGAUGGAUGACCAGCUUUGGCUGGUGAUGGAGUUCUGUGGGGCCGGCUCGAUUACGGAUCUGAUCAAAAACACUAAAGGGAACUCUCUGAAGGAGGAGUGGAUCGCCUAUGUCUGCAGAGAGAUCCUCAGGGGUCUGACCCACCUCCACCAGCACAAGGUCAUCCACAGAGAUAUCAAGGGCCAGAAUGUGUUGCUGACGGAGAACGCAGAGGUCAAACUAGUGGACUUUGGUGUGAGCGCCCAGCUAGAUCGUACAGUGGGACGGAGGAACACGUUUAUUGGGACACCGUACUGGAUGGCCCCAGAGGUCAUUGCCUGCGACGAGAACCCCGAUGCCACAUAUGACUUUAAGAGUGAUCUGUGGUCGCUCGGUAUCACAGCGAUAGAGAUGGCAGAGGGAGCACCACCUCUGUGCGACAUGCAUCCGAUGCGAGCACUCUUCCUCAUCCCCAGAAAUCCUGCCCCCAGACUCAAGUCUAAGAAGUGGUCAAAGAAGUUCCAGUCCUUCAUAGACAGCUGUCUGGUGAAGAGUCACAGUCAGAGGCCGAGCACCGAGCAGCUUCUCAAACACCCGUUUAUCAGGGACCUUCCCAACGAGCGGCAGGUCCGCAUCCAGCUGAAGGACCACAUCGACCGUACCAAGAAGAGGAGGGGGGAGAGGGAUGAGACGGAGUACGAGUACAGUGGGAGUGAAGAGGAGGAUGAAGAGAGGGACGUUGGAGAGCCCAGUUCCAUCAUCAACAUCCCUGGUGAAUCCACUUUGAGGCGGGACUUCCUGCGGCUCCAGCUGGCCAAUAAGGAACGGUCAGAGCUGAUUCGGCGUCAGCAGCUGGAGCAGCAGCAGAACGAGGAACACAAACGCCAACUACUGGCUGAGAGACAGAAACGUAUCGAGGAGCAGAAAGAGCAGAGGAGACGGCUGGAGGAGCAACAGCGUCGAGAGCGCGAGAUGAGGAAGCAGCAGGAGCGAGAACAGAGGAGGAGGUACGAAGAGAUGGAGCAAAUCCGUCGAGAGGAGGAGAGGAGGCACGCGGAGAGAGAGCAGGAGUAUAUCCGUAGGCAGCUGGAGGAGGAGCAGAGGCAGCUGGAGAUCCUACAGCAGCAGCUCCUGCAGGAGCAGGCCUUACUGCUGGAGUACAAGAGGAAGCAGAUUGAGGAGCAGCGGCAAGCCGAGCGGCUGCAGAGGCAGCUGCAACAGGAGCGAGCUUACCUGGUGUCGCUGCAGCAGCAACAGCAGGAGCCGCCGCGACCGCCGCAGGAUAAGAAGCAGCUGUACCACUACAAAGACCAGGCGCCCGGCAGCAACGACAAGCCCGCCUGGGCCAAAGAGGUGAUGCGUCGAGCUCAGAGCAACUCACCUCGUAUUCCUCCCAAGAAAUACCACUCCUUCAGGGAGCCGCGAGAAGUCAACCUCGACAACCUCCUCUUACUCCCCGGUUACAAACCUCGCCGCCGCCGCCCCCCUUCCUACCCUGCCCAUGACAGUCCUUCUAGGGAACACCUCCAUGUGCCUCGCAUCCGUAUUACGUGUGUCCCUGAGUCCUCUCGGGCAGGGCGGCACCAGCAGGAUCACGGCAGGAGCCCCAAGCGGAGCCCACGCAGGAGCCCCAAGCGGAGCCCACACAGGAGCCCCAAGCGGAGCCCAGGCAGGAGCUCCCACAGGAACUCCAAUAGGAGCCCCAACAGGAGCCCUGACUCCAGAGGCCGGAGCCCUGGGCGCCGGGUGGAGGAGCAUUAUAAGAUGAACAGACAGACUUCUCCUGCAUUGCAGCACAAAGUCUCCAACCGGAUCUCGGACCCAUCGCUGCCGCCCCGCUCCGAGUCCUUCAGCAGUGGAGGCAUCCAGCAGGCACGGACCCCACCGAUGCACCGCUCUGUUGAACCACAGAUGGCCCACCUGGUGCAGGUGAAGAGUCACGGUCUGUCAGGCUCCCAGUCUCUGUACGACCCCCACGGCGUGUCCUCCUCCUCGGCGUCGCCCUCCCCCUCCCGGCCUCCCAUGCCCCGGCAGAACUCCGACCCCACCUCCGACACCCCUCCUCCCCCGCCCCUCUCCCGCCUGGCGCCCCCCCUCGACAAGUUGGACCGCAGCACCUGGCUGCGGCAGGACGACGACAUGCCCCCGAAGGUUCCUCAGAGGACAACUUCCAUCUCUCCUGCUUUGGUCAGGAAACACUCUCCUGGAAAUGGACCCGGCCUGGGACCUCGGGCUGGAGCUCAUCUCAUACGGGCGAGCAACCCCGACCUGCGGAGGACCGACGUUUCCAUGGAGACGCCCCUGAAGAGGACGAGCAGCGGCAGCUCCUCCAGCUCCAGCACCCCCAGCUCCCAGGGAGGUUCCAACGAGCGAGGUAAUUCAGCUGCUAAGACUGAAGGCUCGACACUUUCUUCCCAUGAGACCAAAGAUGACGGCAGAGAGGUGACACGACCCAGCAGGCCUGCAGAUCUAACGGCUCUGGCCAAAGAGCUGCGAGAGCUGCGGCAGGGAGAGGAAACCAGCCGCCCGCCCGUCAAAGUGACAGACUAUUCAUCGUCCAGUGAGGACUCUCACAGCAGCGAGGAUGAGGAGGGAGAGGGUGGAACUAAUGACGGGACAGUAGCCGUCAGUGAUAUACCACGGAUUAUGCCGGCAGCGAGUCAAGGUACCAAUGAGUCCUUUGGCAUGGGAGGUCACAACGACGCCCAUGACGACUCAUAUGGAAACAGCUCCCAGGACAGCACCCUUAUGAUGCGUGAGUAUGGGAUGGGAAGCAGCGGAGGCUCCAAGUCUUCCUUCACACCGUUCGUAGAUCCGAGGGUGUAUGGGACCUCCCCGACUGAUGAUGACGAUAACAUCUCUGCCUCAGCGUUGUUUGCUGAUGAGCUGCUGAAGCAGGAGCAGGAGCAGGCGAGGCUCAACGAGGCCCGGAAGAUCUCUGUGGUCAACGUCAACCCGACCAACAUCAGACCGCACAGUGAUACGCCCGAGAUCCGCAAAUACAAGAAACGCUUCAACUCUGAGAUCCUCUGUGCGGCUCUCUGGGGAGUGAAUCUGCUGGUGGGGACGGAGAAUGGCCUGAUGCUGCUGGAUCGAAGCGGUCAAGGCAAAGUUUACAACCUGAUCAAUCGACGGCGCUUCCAACAGAUGGACGUCCUGGAGGGACUCAAUGUCCUGGUCACCAUCUCAGGGAAGAAGAACAAGCUGCGUGUUUACUACCUGUCCUGGCUGAGGAACAGGAUAUUACAUAACGACCCUGAAGUGGAAAAGAAACAGGGUUGGAUCACUGUUGGGGAACUGGAGGGCUGUGUGCACUACAAAGUUGUAAAGUAUGAGAGGAUAAAAUUUUUGGUGAUUGCUCUGAAGAACUCAGUAGAGAUCUAUGCCUGGGCACCUAAACCUUACCACAAGUUUAUGGCCUUCAAGUCAUUCACUGACCUGCAACAUCGCCCUCAGCUGGUUGACCUGACAGUGGAGGAGGGACAGAGGUUAAAGGUCAUCUAUGGCUCCAGUGUUGGCUUCCAUGUCAUCGAUGUGGACUCUGGAAACCCCUACGACAUCUACAUCCCCUCACAUAUUCAGGGUCAGGUGACUCCACACGCCAUUGUGGUUCUGCCCAAGACGGAUGGCAUGGAGAUGCUGCUGUGCUACGAAGACGAGGGCGUCUACGUCAACACCUACGGACGCAUCACCAAAGACGUGGUGCUGCAGUGGGGCGAGAUGCCCACCUCCGUCGCCUACAUCCACUCCAACCAGAUCAUGGGCUGGGGAGAGAAGGCCAUUGAGAUCCGCUCCGUGGAGACGGGACACCUCGACGGAGUUUUCAUGCACAAGCGAGCUCAGCGACUGAAGUUCCUGUCAGAAAGGAAUGACAAGGUUUUCUUUGCCUCAGUGCGUUCUGGAGGCAGCAGCCAAGUCUUCUUUAUGACCCUGAACAGAAGCUCCAUGAUGAACUGGUAACCUUUCUCCUUCGACCCACAACCCUCCUCUUCUUAACUCUGAACAUCGCCCGACAUCAGGAGAGAGGGAUAACAGGAGGACAGCGUGUAUGUGUGUGUGUGUGUGUGUGUGUAUGUAUGUGUGUACAGUGUGUGUGUGUUUGUGGAAGAAAAUGUGGAGUUGCUGAACGGACGAUUGAGCAACUGGAGGAAGAGUUAAACCACAGGAGUGUGCCACCCCUGUAUAGACACCCUCCAACUAUAGGGGUGCGCUACAGGCCCCAUGGAUGAUUUCACUGCCUGCUGGACAAAGGUGACUCCACGCAUUGACAGUGGGCGAUGCCUUCACCUUCCCUGUGGACCGUUCGAUAGGGCUGAUGGUUGUGCUUGAGGGUUUUGACCAAGACUUUAAAGGACACUGACAUCAUGCCGAGUAGCCUUUGACCUCCUCACUGGAUUGAAUGGGGAGCUGUGGAGAAGUUCUUUGUGUAGCACAUUAAUGAUUUCUUACAGGGUGUUCACACUGCGAGUACGAUUCGUCGUUCGACUCUGCUUGUUGGUGGUAAUGCAAGCCAAUCAGAAAUCUUUUGGUGCGCUGUGUUACAGUGAGUAAACAUUACUGGUUAUUAAGGUAGCAUCAAUAGAGGAAGAAAACUUGACUUUGCAUUGACCAAAAUAGUGGAUGCAAAUGUUUUUGAGACAAGCUUAUCUGAAGUGUCUCAGUUUAAAAGUUACUCUCAGCUGAACCAAAAUCACUUCAUCCACACUAAUUUCGGUUUUCCCCAUUGGUUUGGCCCUGUGUCCACACUGAGCUAUGUUUUUCUCUCCCAAACAUUUUAACUUUUUGAAAACAAAGUACAAAAAACAAUAAACUAUUCAAAUGUUUCACUGUCACAACGUCAGCCUGAACAGACAUGGCCAUCGACAUUUUGGCAGUAAAGUUUAAAAGCAACUGAUCACUGGAUGUUGACAAGACAUCGAGUAAAGUCUCCUUUGCAAUCUGUGAUUUCAGAUUGAUCUAGACGACAGUCGUGAGAAAAACGUGGUGAAAUCUUUGGACUUCAAUCCAGACCAUGGUCCUCCUAGAUCUUACUGUUAUAUCUACUAUUGUAGAGCAAACAUGGCGAAGCAAAUUUAAAUUAAAUUUAAAUUUUCUUCAUUUGUCAAUCCACACAAUCAGUCAGUUGGCAGAUGAAAUGUACCUCCUUGUGUAUCCCUCUUUUAUACACACAGUGCACACAUGCAUUAAAUGAGGGGGUUAGUGCCGCAUCAGCCAUAGUGCAGUGCCCCACAACAGUAUAGGGGUUUGGUACCUUGCUCUUCAGCUGCCAGUACACACUCCAUAUUUGGUCUGUAUGGGGACUUGAACCGGCAACCCUCUGGUUCCCAAGCCAAGUCCCCGCAGACUGAGCCACUGCCACCCCAAUGAAGCCACAAUGUGACUGAUGCUUGGGGCUGGGUAUUGGUACUCGAUGCCUUUAUGGUAUCAACCAAAAUAACCCAGAAUCUAAAUUUCUCUACUCAAACAAUAACUGCAUUCAAUCCUAUUUGUGUCAGGAGAGUGAUUCCCGACCGUCCUGACUCUGCCAGAUACGCUGUCUUUUUGUUGCAGCUGUCUCCGUAGCCGCUCUCCUCCAGCAAACUGUAAGUUCAGUGUUUCCCCGGUUAGCACGAACUCUCACAUCUGUCCCUGGAGUGGAGCUUACACUCCCAAACAGUCUGUGUUGCGGUGAAGUCAAGCACAGCGUAUUAGACAGAGUUGGCAGGUCAACGUACAGAGAUGUCACUGACCCAUUUAAAGUAAAGCUACUAUACUAGACCACACUCCCUAUUAUGGGUAUCAAAUUGUGUACUCAACUGGUAUCAGUAUCACUUUGAAGGUGCUGGUGUUGGUACUGAUAUUGUAAUUUUUUAAACAAUACCCAACUUCUGCUACUGUAUGACACUUGUCUACAAACCAAAAUAUGGCAUAAAUUGACACAGGCAAGCUAGUGUUAUACUUUAGCUGAAAACAUAACGUCAAGGUCACUUUGCAGAAUUGCCAAUUGAAGUGUUAGCACUGUGACUAAAGCUUGUUUUGGCUUCACUUUUGAACCUGACAUGGAUGAUGCAAGUGUCUCUGCUUGCAUCUGUUUGUUUUUCAGUUAAUAUCAAGUGCUACAAUCCAGCAUUCAACAUUCAUCAAACAAUCUGACAUGACUCAAAGCUGAUAUCAUACAGUCUGACACAGAUUGUGACCAAGACUUUAUUGGACUCAUCUCACACCUCAGACAGAGAUUUUGCUACUUUCCUUUUGUUCAGGCAUUUAAUUAUGAACAGAGACAUUUACAAAAACUACUUAAUAUGGACACAACUUUGCUAAAUUAGCUGUCUAAGAGGCAACCUGGAUGGAUUGUGGCCGCUGAUAGCACCAUGAAUUUCACAUCACUUGCAAUCAUCACCUUAUCUGUCCCGAAUCAAGGUCAAAUUCACAAAAGGUAUUAGGCUAAUGAUAUUGUUGUGCAAUCUGUCUAUAAAGUUUUGCAGCGGAGUGCAGUUUGCCUUUUUUAGCAUCUCAUUGCAGUUAUCCAUGCGGCAAAUUAUAAAGGUUGGAUUUGAGCCAGCAAAACAUUAGACAGAAAAAUAGCAGAGAAAAAGAAAGUACAAUUUUCAGAUGGUCCUGACUGAGCCAGGGAUAGCAAUAGCCAGAGCCAAUAUAAUUUCGGGUUGACUGUCUGAACAUCCAUCCGUCCAUCCAUAUGUCCAUCUGUCCCAUUCUAUCUCAUGAACACCUUGAGGGAAUUUCUGAAAUUGUCAAAUUCACUUUGACAAAACAAUGAACUGAUUUGAUUUUGUGGUCUAAGGUCACUGUGACCUUGCAUCGAUCUCAUUCUUGUGAUCGUGACAUCUCAAGAACGCCUUAGGUGGAAUUUCUUCAAAUUGGACACAAACAUCCACUUGAACUGAAGAAUAAAGUGAUUAGAAAAUGGUGGCUGAAUGUCAAAGUUACUGUGACCUCGGAAAACAUGUUUUUGGCUAUAACUUAAGAAUUCAUAUGCUAAUUAUGACAAAACUUCACAAUAUGUCCAAAACGUCCAAUCGAUAAAAUAAUGAGACAUGGCCGAAAGGUCAAACGUCAGUUCACUGUGGUGUCAUAAUGUUCUGCAUAAAACACUUCCCUGGCCAUUACUCAGCAUCUCAGGAACAGAAGGGGAGACAUUUGGUCAGAUACUCAAUUGGUGACACUAAUCUUGGGUAUCCAUCUUGAAACUGUGCUGAUUGUAUAGAUCUUCUGUGUUGCCGGGGGGAAGAUGUGUGUGAAGCAUCCAUGUUUUCACAAACAUGGAUGUAAACUGUAAGAGAAACUUGACCGGAGGCGUGGAGGCAUACAACCACAGGUUGGUCAUUUUAGUUUUUGACAUGAAACUACUUAACUCAGUGUUUUUACCAGAUUCAAUCACCAGGCCUGUUUGUUUUGGAGAGGAAGAAACCUCUGCAGAUGAUUUGUCUACUGCUAAAACCCUCCUGAUUAAAGACCAGUGAUGGAAUUCUAACCGAGGGAAGUUCCAGCUGGUUGCAAUGUGCAAUCCUCACCUCUGGAGGUCAGUAAAUCCCCCUAAAUCAGGCAUGCCGUUCCUUUAAAUAUGUGCAAAUAGCACAGGAUCACCAAGUCGCCGUAUGUUUUGCAGAACAGUUAGGGAUGCGUUUUACUCUUUGCAGGUGCUUUGAGAAUUACAUAGUUUAUUUUUGUCUUAUUUGUGCAGGCUUAGCAGGCACAAAAGCUGUGCAAUCCUUUAAUGAAUUUGCCUAUAAGUGUGGACACAGUUUGUAUCAGCCUUUAACCACUCUGAGGCCACUGGUCAAAUAUUGAAGUCAGAUUAUUUAUAUGGUGGUCCUUGUUGUUUUUAUUAUAUAAACCACCUCUGAUAGUGAUGACUGAAUCUUAAUGGAUGUUUUCUUGACUAACAUCUUGUAGCAAAAACCUUGAGAGUGUCUUCUUCGCAGAUGUUUUUCUCAUAAAGCAAAUUACAUCCGAAUCCAGUGAUCCUAGAAAGUUGAGCUGUGGUCGAUGAGCAAGUUGUUUGCCUGAUCGUUGCUCUCUAUCUGUUGGAAGUGAAUGGAUUUGAUGACGCUCAUAGUGCUCAUAGUGUGAACACUCAUUUUGAGUGCUGCUGGUGAAACACCUUCUGUGUCUCUUUCCCAUCAGGAGAGAAAAAUACCACAAACAUGAAGUGAGUGUCAUAGGGGGAAAUGAGACAUUUUACAUCUGUCGCUGCACAGUUGGUUUCAGCUACUGCGGCUACUUUGUCCUGGUGUAUGUCUAGUAAAGGAAGGAAGGUUGUAGAUAUUGUACUACUGCUGCAACAGCAACACAAUAAUGAAAUCUUCACAUCAUUUCUCACAAGAAGAACUUGGCGUAGAUUAGUUUUCUGCCCUUUGUUCACUCCACCUUUUUCUGUCCCUGCUGUUCUGUGUCCUCUGCACCUGUGUAAAUACUCACUUUGAUGUUAAGGACAGACUUUGCAAAAGCAGGUGAGAACAGUGAAAAAAAAACAACAGUCUUGCUUUUUUUGUCAUACCUCUGUAAAUCUGUCCGUUCUGUAGUUUCUCUUAGAUGGGAGUUUUUUUUUUCUGACGAUAAGCCGAGCGAAGACUUACAUGAACGUUUGGUUUGGGUUAACACUCCAAGUUUUUCUCUUUUUCUCUGUAGUUCAUCACUGUUUAUUUAGUUGUGCAUUUGCAUGGUGGCAUACAUGUUUUACCUGUCGUCACUUGUUAUGAAUUGUAAGUUUAAGGCAAUACACAGACUGGUCUGACUGCAGAAGCUGAAUGCUGAGAGUCAAACUUUAUACAGAAGCCCUGAAGCAUUUUCCUUACAAGACUGAGCUGUAUAUUGAAAGUUUUGAAACUGUAAGAAUUUAGCUUAGGGCUUUUAUCUCAUGAGUAACAGUCAGAUAAGUCAAGAUUGUACACUGAAUAAUUAUAAAUUUACCAUUACAUUUAUAUUUUAGGUAUUUUGUUGAUGCUCACACCCAGAGCAGCUUUUAAAGAGCGAGCAGGACGGAGCUCAUUUUUCACCAGGUUGACCCUUUGAUGAUGAAAAAUGCUGAUGUUUAAGGUAUUGUAAUGAGGCUGUGAGAGAGGAAAGUGGUUCACCUUUUACUUGAUAUUUCUUUUAUUGUUCAUUGAUCUUAAAGGAUGCGAUAGGUGUAAGCGAUGCCACUUUAAGGCCAGCUGAAGCCUUUUACAUGUGCAGGAUGUUAGCAUUAAUCAACACCCUGUGAAUAAAGGUCAGGAGGCAGGGUCAGUUUGACAGACCAUAGAUGAAAAAGAUAUAUAUACUGUAAGAAUUUUCGUUUAUGAUGAUAUCUUACUGAUCAUUUUAGAGAAAGACAAAAAAAUAUUGUUCACUUAUUAAAGCUUAGUUGUCUUUCUACAGAAUAGAGAACAUAGCUAUAAGAAUUUCUAAAAAAAAAAAAUACAAUGUUUUUAUUGUGGUAUUAUUUGUAUUUGUAUUUCAAUUUUUGUACGUAUCAAGACUGUGAACGUAUGUACGGCUGUCAGCCUGUGCGCGUGUGUAUGUUUGAGUGUGUAGGUGAGCAGGUGUGUGCACAGGUGUGUGACAUGCAUGUGAGUGUAUGUUUUCACCUUGUCUGAAUCACUGGAAUCAGUCAAAAGACAACCUCAAUCUGGUAACACACAUCUGUGAUGUUGGAAAUUCUACAAUAAAUGUCCUCUCCUUGUACAGCAACACCACCGA